AAUCAGCCGUCACACCACCACCAGACCAGCAGUCAACAUGAAGCUUCUACUGUGCUCUCUCGUACUCGUGCUCCUUUGUAGCACCACUGUGCAUUCCCUCAGAUGCUACACCUGCCUUGGUACAGACUGUAAGACUCCUACAGAAUGCCCAGAAUCAAGCAACUUCUGCAGAACAUCCUCGGCACCUGGCGCAUAUUCUCGGACAUGUGAGGAGUUCUGUGUGCCGGACGUGAACGUCUUCUGUUGCCAACAGGACCUGUGUGACUGAGGCCCAGCUGACCUAAGCAAUGCUGCCACAAUAUGAUAUGCAGCUCAGUGAUCUAAUAAUACAGACAAAUUAUAAUCUAUCUCAUUACUAUAACAUGGGAAAUUCUGAUGCUUAAAUAAAAGAUUGCAACGUC